CACAUACACAAAUAUCUCUUUGUGUAUGUAUGCAUUUCACCUCACUCAACUUUGUGUGUAAUUUGUCUUCGUGUCGCCCUUACUCCUAUUUUUCAUUUUGAAACCAAUGUUAUGUAUUAAAAGUUUUGUAUAAAUCAUGAUUUAACCGAAUAACGAAUUUAUAGAACGUUUAUUUACUGUGACAAUGAGCUUAGUAUGUAAGAUAAAUUGCAUAUUUGCGUGAGGCUUCAGUCGUCACGGAGUUGUAGCAGGGGAAGUUUGGAGAAUGUCGGGUGCCAGCUCCCAACUGUGAUGUGGUCUUGUUAGAGGGUAGUUAUAAGAUGAUGGAAUACUAAUCGCCUAGUGUCAGUUUGCCGCGUUGUAACCAGGCGCGAUGGAUCCCUCUAUCUUUUUGCAAUAUUCUCCCCCAAAUGGGCUUCCCCAGGAAUCAAAACUAGCAACGUAUAUGACCCUUCAGAAUGGACCCGUUCCACAAUACACAACACAUUACGUACCACAUCUGUCUAUCUACCCCAUUGUUAGAAGAGAGGAGGUUGAAGAGGCGGAGGAAUUAGAGAGAGAUUUACGGAACCGUUCUACGUCAACCCCCACAAGAUCCCUGAACCAGGCGAUGGGCAAGCUGAGCUUGGAGUCUUCCCCUACAGCCAUUAAAAAACCCUUCCCACAGGUCCUGAUAGGGGAGUUCAUGCCUGUGAACUAUUUCACGCCAUUCCUCCCUGAGUCCCCGGAGAGCUCGCCCCCCUCCACCCUGGCCAAUCUCCAGGGGAACCUCCAGGGAAACCUCCAGGGAAAUCUCCAGGGAAAUAUUCCAGGGAAUAUACAGCAAAAUACCCAGCAAGUACAUCAGGAGAAUGUCGGCGGCACGACGUAUUUUUAUUCCACAAACGACAGUAUGAACUCGACCGGCGGGCUCAAUGCUUCUGCACCUAUGGGCCAGCCGGAGCAAUGCCUGGGCGUGGUGGGUCCGGGGCCGGCGGUGCCAUCCCCGUACGCGACGCAGAUGUAUGCGGGCACACCUACACACAUGGGACCCAUAACGCAGACCAAGCCUGGGCUCGCGGCGACAUUCUACAUGCCCGAGACCAUUCGCCAGGAGAUCUACCAGCGGAACGAAGAGGUGUUCCUGCAAACGGACCUGCGGCAGUUCCCUGAUCUACCAGAGAAUGUCGAGAUGUACUCAGAGCUGACGCCAAUCGAGUGCACCCCGCACUCUCUAGCGACAUCGUACCGCGCCACGCACCGCCAGAGCGGCGAACACUACGCUCUGCGCCGCCUGCAUUCCUACUCGAAUGUGGCCACCAAGCGGCUCGAGAUGUGGAAGAACAUCGACCACCCGAACGUCGUGCGGCUGCAUGAGUGCUUCACCACCAAGGCGUUCGGUGAUCACUCAAUGGUGUUAGUAUACGACUACCACCCGGGCUGCGUGACCGUUAUGAACAAGUACCUGUCCGGCGGGAGCUCGGCCCCCGGCGAGGGCAACACCUUCCACGACCCAUUCAGCUCGGACCCGGACGCGCCGCGCCCCUACACACACCAGAAAAACGCCAUGCUGCGGGCAGUGGCGUGCGGCGCACUGCUCCCAGAGGCGGUGCUCUGGAGCCUGCUAGUGCAGCUGACGGCCGCUCUGCGCGCCAUACACACCGCCGGGCUGGCUUGCAGAAACCUGGACCCGACGAAGGUGGUGAUGAACGGGUGCCGAGUGCGCGUGGCCUGGUGCGGCGUGGCCGACGCGCUGCACACUAACACCAACGACGUGGGACAGGCGCAGCAAGAAGACCUGACGGCGCUCGGGCGGCUCGCGCUGGCGCUCGCGUGCCGCACGGUGCACUGCGACAACCUGCCCGCCUCCAUGGACCUGGUCGCGCGCACCUACUCCGCCGACCUCAAGAACCUCAUACUGUACUUGCUGUCGACGUCGCCCGCCCGCCGGUCCGUCACGGAUCUCAUGCCAAUGAUCGGCGCCAGAUUCUACACACAGGUGGAGGCGCUGGAGAGACGAGCGGACGCGUUCGAGGAGCAACUCGCGCGCGAGAUCGACAACGGCCGGCUGCUGCGCAUACUGAUCAAGCUGGGCGUCGUCAACGAGCGGCCCGAACUGAACAUGGACCCCGCCUGGUCGGAGACAGGGGACCGGUAUAUGCUGAAGCUGUUCCGCGACUACCUGUUCCACUCGGUGGGCGCGGACGGCCGGCCGUGGCUGGACUACGCGCACCUGGCGCACUCCCUCAAUCAGCUGGACGGAGGCUCCUCCAACCGGGUUGAGCUGAUGUCCCGAGACGAGCAGAGCGUGCUGGUGGUGUCGUACGCGGAGCUGAAGCACUGCCUGGAGCAGUCGUUCGAGGAGGUGACCCAGGCCUCCAGCUCGCACCUCGCCAACUAACCGCACAGAUCUCACUACACUUGGCUAACGUUAGGUGAACAUUUUGUUUGGUCGACUCUUCCCGAACAAGGACUGCGACUGUUGAACUAUUACCAAUACACGCUAGUUCUUCCGAACUGAGUAUUAACUAUAAUUUGUUCAUUUAGGGCCACUUGCACCAUUCACCGGUUAAACCUGGAGUUACCAUGGUACAAUUUGACACUGGGUUAACGAUUUAGCCGCUUAACCCCGGGUUAGUGGGAUGGUGCAAGUGGCGCUUAGAUAUUUAAAGGAAUGUAAGCUAGCAUAAUCACGUGACACCGAUAUUAUAUCAUUAGCUGAAUGAUCGAGUCGACGGGGUUGUGUUAGUUUAGAUUUCUUUAAAAAUCUUAACAAACAGACGUUAGUUGUUAAGGAUCUCUCAGUUUUUUGAAACAAAUGGGAUAAUUAAUCUUGUUAGCGAUCGAUAGAUUUACCCGAUAGCAGGUUAAAGCUACAAGAAAUUACACACGAGUGUAUUAAUGUAAAUAACAUGAAGGUGAAAAAACAUCUUGUAAUAACUAGCUUGCUACUUAUGCAACUUUUAAAUGGAUUUACUUCUGAAAUGUGUUACUUGAUAAACUCUUUGUUAAUUGGUAUUUAACUAUUUUGUAUUGUUUACAAAAGUAGAAACACUGGCUAUAGUCUGUAUCUUUAGGUAUUUAAAUAAAAGUAAACAAUAGCUUCCGGCCUCAAAUGGCUCCUUAAGCCAGUUGAGGGUAGAUCAAAACGUUACAUGAUCAAAUGAUGUAGGUUAAAGUCAGGUCAUUCAGUGAAUCCAGAAUCCAGGAGGUUUUGUAAUUGGUCAGUUAGCCAAUAAAUGUUAUAACUACCCGAAUAUGUACAAAUUGUUUGUUACUUUUAUUUAAAUAACUAAAGAUACAGACUAUAGGUACUUUACCGCGCACUGACGGCCAGUUUGUUAUAUAAUUACUCAUUAACCAUUUGAAUGUGUGAACUACAAGUACAUUAGUUGAACGCUGCGGACACCUUAUGUAGUAAGAUUAUGUGAAUUAGUUGUUAAAUACGAAUCGAACUGUCGUCAAACUAGCAAAUGUUGGGUUCAGUUGAGAACAUUUAGAGCUACUUUUUACAUAAUCGCCUUGGUAAUUAAUAUAAUGUCCACGAGACAUUUUAUAUUAUCGUCAUCGUGACAAGCGAAUGUGGCCCAUAAUUGGAAUUUGUUGGCAAGGCAGAAUUAUUUACCACGCGCUAAAAUGUAUAUUUUACGCCGUUUUAUGAGAUUGACGAGAGGUAGGGUUAUUAGGAGUUGAUGCUUUAAAAACAGUACAAAUACGGCUGUCGCUCGCGACCUUUGUGUUCACCCUGCUAUAUGAAAUUAACAUAUUUUUGUAAUAAAAUGCCACCUCGCUGAAGCUCUGCCAAUGUACAGGGAUGCGAGGAGUAUUUGUUUGUGCAAGUACAUAUUGCCUCAUGUGAAACGUUCAACUAUACUGGUAUACAAAUUAUUAAUGUACGCUGCAGAAACGUCGUCAGAAUUGUAAAAAAAUUGCAAUUAAACUGAACGUGGGUGGUGGUUUUAAAGUUUUCUUCCGUAUAUACGAAUAUAUGUUUUAAAGCUGGCAAUGUAAAAUCUCUGUUGAUUGCCAAGAAUAUAUAGCGGUCAGUGAAUAAUAGACAGUUUUGAACGGUUUCUGUGUCCCUCCCCAUUGGCAGACGUCUUUGCGAAGGGUCUAGUAAGAAAUUAUAAUAAAUGAGCAACUAGAUCAUAUGAUCUACCCCGGAUGUAUAACGAAAUGACAAUAAAGUGUCAAACUGGACUACUAGGUUAUCUUUGCCGUUACGAGCAACUCUGUCCUCGGCUGAUGCAUGAGGGUUUGUCCCGCCUCUCGCCGGCAUUGAUAACUUUGUACAAGCGAUAUGGUAAUAGCACCAACGACACAAAAACACCAGGUGUACUCGUAGUUUUGCCACACCACGUAAGUCGGUUCGUACAUAAAUUAUCACGAUAUAUUGAAGAGCAAUGCGAAUACUGUGUACUUAAUUUCUAUGCAAAACGUUUCAGUUUUGAUUGCUCUUGAUUUUAGACUUUUAUAAUAUCGAUUUUGUCAGUUAAUGAAUGCCCGAUGACGGCAAUACUUACUGACAGUAGGCUUAGCAUCGGAACGUCGCCACAGUAUCUAGCCCGCGAGAUAGACUAACCAUCCCUCUCUUAUUAAUACGGGUAGAAAAUAACGCAUAGUCUAUUUUGCGCGCGGAUUACUUUCGCGGCGCUCCAGUGCUUAGAAUACAGGGGUUUUUGGAGUCCUAGCCUUAUUUUAUUUUAGAAUGGACAAAACAUACAAUUUGGUACACAUGAUACAAUUGUAACAAAGCUGUCUCAGUUGGUGCUGUUACGUAAAUUAGUCCAGUUAAUAUUUCACCCAGAUUGAACAGCCGCCUGAACAAACGCAACAAACAUUCCAUACUAACAACCGAGCAAGAGCGACGCGUUGAGGGGAGUCAGUGUCUUCGCGUCUCGAACGUAAAUGUUUACGUUGAACUGAGGUUUUGCGUGAGAAAUGAGGGAAAAUAUAAAAGUUAUCAAUCGUAGUAUAGAAGCGACGCUCCUUAAUAAUAAGUUAUGUUUCAGAACAUAAUCAUGCAAUUGCGGAUUUGGCAACCCUAAUGGGAUAAGUGUCGUUUCUAUACGGUUGAAUUCUUAUGUCGGCUCGGGACCGGGGUUUACCACGGACGUAACAGCGGAUACGGGAAAUUCUGAUAGUUCCAAUGCGAGGUAAAGCGUGUCAUCCCUGAGGUGAUAGAAAUUUUGCGUUUAAACUCGACCAAUGCAUGUAAGUAUAAGUAACCUACAGUAGGUUACCCAAUAAACUUUGCAUAAUAUUUAUUAUAACAUCAUAAAUAAGUAAAUGCAAUCAUAAGAAAGGAACCUCGCUAUCAUUGAAUCCGAAGUGUACGUCGAUACCUGUGGAAACACCCGCAAGGCCCUUCUUAGGUAUACUGCGAAUAGCAUGCUAACGUUAAUGAUAUGCCACGUAGAUCUGAAUUUGUAUUGUACAUAUUGCUUGGUUGGGCCCAAAAUGAAUGAACAAUAAUGUAAUAACGAGAACCAUUGAAUAUUUAGCUGUAAGUAACAAAAUUCCUUUUUAACAUCCACUGCUAGACUAAUUUUCAUUUCCAAGUAAGCAUGGCGGAUGUGUGAAACUUAAACUUUUCAAAGACAAUACAUGUUGAAAUAGUAGCAGACGUAAUUUUCCAAGGUAACAAUGGUAUUGACGUACGGCUUAACUCGAAAAUUGUUUUAUGAACAUUACUAACACUAGGUACACUCUCUUACGCAAUUUAUGAUGCACGUUAUAGAUCAAUGUUACGUAUUUACCGAUGUUCCGAUCCUAGUGAAUAACGCUGACUGAAUUUAGUUACUGUCUUUAAAUUCCUUUAAUAUGCACACUAUGCCAUCCACGGUAAAAGGCCUUGGAAUUGUAAAGUAGGUAUGUUACAAAGGAACUAAAUGAUAAAAUAACGUCGCCAUCAAAAAGCUUUGUACUUACGAUGUUCAUAAAUCAUGAUUAUUGCUUAAACAGAUUGUUGUCUAGAUAUAACAACGCGUGAUUUCAUACAAAGCUUUUUGUCAAGUCGACGAUUAAAUUGUAUGUGUACUCUGGGCCCUCCUUUUCUUAGAGUCCCUCUAGAGCGACGGUUAAGGAGAAUGGAGCCAAAAGAGCUCUAAUGUUGAUAUAAUAAUAGCAAUAAACUGUUAACUUCAAACCGUUGCCAACAGAGGUACUCUAGCUGAUUUUAAAACGAUAUGUUUCUUGCCACGUUAUUUGCGCUUGUUGCCCAUCACUGUAAAAUCUGUGCCCAAGUUGAAAGACACCUCUAGCACAAUGUUUAUAGAAGACAAGUUAUAAUAAACUAAUUUAUAAGUCGAGGAGUUGUCAUCGCUAUAAACGCGUCUGUGCUAGAGGGUCGAGUCGAUGACGGGCUUAAGGGUGCGUUCGGUUCGCUAUUAACUUGAAAUAUACAAAUGUCGUGCAUAAUUAUUUUCCAUAGUAUUUACAAGGAAACGUACGAACAUGUCUUCCUAUUUCAGUCAGUCUCGGUACAAAAAGUACUGAGGUUGACUGAAGUAGCAGGACAAAUACGAACGUUUCCGAAAAAAUACGAUGGAAAACAAUUAUGCUCUACAUCUGUAACAAAAUGUGCUCAGUUGUCACCGACAAAACCGUCCGGCUAGCAACGGAAACUCACACGUAUGAAAGAGAGUUGAUCAACGUGCGUGUUCAUCGCUGAGCCAUGCCCUGUCAUUGGCAGCUGAGACGACUGGCCUGAGGUGUAAUUUGGUUUAGGAAAAUAUAGUGUUGUACAUAAAUGAGAUGCUAGGUCUUACACGGUUACAAAAAUGUUACGUCCAGUAAAUGAUUCAAUUUAUGCAAAAUGAAACGUAUGUAUAAAAUAGAGAAUUAAAUGUACCAAUUUUCGUGAGAAUAUCAAUAUAUAUGUUUUGAACCUUUACUGAAUACCCAUACUGAAUACCCAUGGUCAUAAGUUUCCAGCGUGUCGAACGCACCUCUGUGUAUAUUUUCGUACCCUACGUCCGUUACAAAUUCCGAUCUAUGUAAUGAUGGCCAAUGUUUCAUUGUCUUGAAGUUAUGAAACUUAAGAAGGAAAUAUUUUGAGAUAAUGAUAAGUGUAUAUUUUUUUCUAACAAAUAAAAAGUUUUGAAAUUA